GCAUCGAAUAGUCUCAAUAAAAGCGACACGCAAGGUCGAGAAAAAUGGGAGAAUCAAGGGGCAUGAAGCAAGCGGCGGUGGUUUUUGGGGCGCUCGCACUCGGUUGGAUGGCCAUAGAGCUGGCCUUCAAGCCCUUCCUCGACAAGGCUCGAGCCGCCAUGAACAAGUCUGACCCCAGCCGCGAUCCUGACGAUGUGGAUGUGGUUGAAGCACCCAAAGACGUUGCCGCCGACAAGGAAUCUUCCUCUUUUGAUUCUGACGCAGAUGCCCCUGCCACAUGAAACCAUCAAUUCUGUGAGGAGUUGAAUCUGAGGAACAAUCUAUAUAUUUUCUAUGUCCUAUUAUUUAAACCACUAUGGUUCUUAGUAUCAAAUUACUGCUGAACAUCACAGGAUCUUGUACAAUAUUACUAUUAGUAUUAGAGAAUAGACAUGAAAUAUUAAC